GCAGGGGAACGGUUUGACAGAAACACAGGGCCGCGAGGAGGCUGCAGCGAUGCUCCCGUCUUUGCAGGAAUCGCUGGAUGGGGAUGAAAAGGAGCUGGAGAGCAGCGAAGAGGGUGGCUCCGCGGAAGAGCGGAGACUCGAGCCGCCGCCCAGCAGCCACUACUGCCUGUACAGCUUCCGCGGAAGCAGAUUGACACAGAACCGAGGGGAUAGUGAUGAUGGACGUUCAUGUGGCACAAAUGCAGAAACUCCCUCUGGUGAUGAUUUCAGCCUGUCGUUGGUGGAUUCCAAUCUACCAUCUGAAGUGGAGCCAGAGCUGCGCAGCUUCAUCGCUAAGCGUCUCUCCAAGGGAGCGUUCUUUGAAGGGCUGGGUAAUGUUGCAUCUGUAGAGCUGAGAAUUCCAGGUUACCGAGUUGGUUGUUAUUACUGCCUUUUCCAACAGGAAAAACUGCUUCCUGAAAUAGCAGCAGUGGAGUCUGAACAUAACCCUUCUGAAUACGUGGUCUGCUUCUUAGGAGGCUCUGAGAAAGGACUGGAGCUUUUCAGGCUUGAGUUGGACAAGUAUAUUCAAGGGCUGAAGAGUAACAUGAACUGUGAGGAAAGGAGCCUGGGGAAUGAUCUGAAGUCCUAUCUGAACAGCUGGUAUGAGGAUGUGGUGUGUCCGAUCCAAAGGGUGGUUCUUCUCUUUCAGGAGAAACUGACCUUUCUGCUACAUGCUGCUCUGAGUUACACUCCUGUUGAAUUUAAAGAAUCAGAUGAAAAAACAAAGAGAGACAUUAACAGGUUUCUGAGUGUGGCCAGUCUCCAAGGACUUAUUCAUGAAGGCACCAUGACCUCUUUGUGCAUGGCCAUGACAGAGGAACAGCAUAAGUCUGUGAUCAUCGACUGUAGUGGCUCCCAGCCUCAGUUUCACAAUGCAGGAAGCAACCGUUUCUGUGAGGACUGGAUGCAAGCUUUCUUACACAGUGCUGAGGGCGGCAACCCUUUUCUUUUCAGACAAGUCCUGGAAAACUUUAAACUGAAGGCUAUACAAGACACAAACAAUUUGAAGAGAUUUAUCCGGCAGGCAGAGAUGAAUCAUUACGCUUUGUUUAAAUGUUACCUGUUCCUUAAGAACUGUGGCAGUGGCGAUAUCCUUUUGAAGAUUGUUAAAGUAGAACAUGAAGAAAUGCCUGAGGCCAAAAGUGUGGUGGCGGUCCUUGAAGAAUUCAUGAGAGAAGCACUUGUCUGAAGUUCUGGUCCCCCGUUGAGGAUCUGUUUCAUGGAGUAUCAUAUUGAGGGGCAUGUGAGGGACUGUAGUUACCAUUGUUUAUAGAUUGCACUGCUCCUAAGGUGACUGGAAACACCCGCUUCUUCCUUUUGUGCUUUUUUGUUUAACUUACUUAAACACAACAAUCAGAGGGAUGUCUUCACAGGUUCUAGGCAGAUGUCAUGUGUUACAACUGGAGUUUUGCUGCCUUGCUAGUCUCUUCAAUCCUAAGCAUCAAACACGGGUCGCCUGAAAAGCUCUGGAGAUGAUAUUUGGCUCCUUGGGAAAGUUGGCUGUAGUGUUUAGCAGGACUUCCUCUUCCAGAAGAAACAGUAUGUCUUUCUCAGUACUUUGUAGAAGUUUUUGAAGUACACGAUCCUAGCGAUCCUAGCGAGGUGUGAUGCUGCAUGCCUGUAAUCCCAGCUAAUCAGGAGGUUGGGCAGGAGGUUCUGAGGUUCCAGGCCAGCCUGAGCUCCAAAGUGAGUUUAUAUCCAGCCUGGACUACACGGUAUCAUCAUCAUCCUGGUCUUACAGCACCAUCAUAGACAACCUGUUCAUUCUGUGAGUGCCUGAUGUAUAUCGAUGGUUGCAUGAAGGAUGAAACCAGCUUUUUAGGCAAAUAUACAAAUAAAUUAUGAGUGUAUAAGAAUUUAAAAAUGAGUUUUAUAUAUAGAAGUUUGUAGGCUGCCAAGGUGGCUCAGAAGGUAAAGAAACCUGCCACCAAGUCUGACGACCUAUGUUCAAUCCCCAGUACUCACACGGUAGGAGAGAAUCAAUUUUACAAAUUCCCUCUGACCCAUACAUACCUGCAUACACAAUAGAUAAAUCUAUUAAGAAAUGGUGGGCUGGAGAGGCAGCUCAGCAGUUAAGAGCAUUGUUGCUCUCAGAGGAGCCAACACCUGCUUGGUGGCUCACAACCAUCUGUAACUUCAAUUUCAAGGGAUUUGACACCCUGUUCUGACCUCCUCAGGAUCAGGCACACAUGUAAUGUACAGAUAUACAUGCAGACAAAACAUGCACAUAAAAUAAUCUAAAACCAA